CGACAAUGAAUGUGCUUGCAAGCAUGCAACCUAAAUCAAAGGGAGACGUUUAACGUUAGCUAGCUGGUUAAUGUUACCUUGACAGCACGUAUGGCGUUUUGUAGCUAGCUAACGUUAGCCAUCUGACAUUCUAAAAGGCCCUCAGCUACCAUAUCACAGACACGAUGCUACCUACUGUCUUCUACUUUAUAAAUAACAUCCCUGUCUCAAGACCUGUCAACACCUACAUCGAGCAUCAACUCGCUACAUCUCUCCUGGGUGCAGUCCGGCCAAGAAAAUAAUGUCCUACAGUUGAAGAUGGGCGGGAGUGGCUCCAAAACCAAAGGUUAUUGGCCUUUUGCAGGUUCAGGCAGUGGUGAUGGUGAUCCAACCAAAGAGGGAGUCGACGAACAGUCGCUGGCAAGACUCCGAAGUUUCCGAAAUGGGACGCCCUUCGUGUUUACCAGAUGGAGCUCCCUGUACUUUGACGAGGAUGGAGACCUGGCCCACGAGUUCUACGAGGAGACAGUUGUGAUGAAGAAUGGCCGUAAGAGGGCCAAACUGAAGAAGAUCCAGAAAAACCUCAUACCUCAGGGAACCGUAAAGCUGGAUCACCCCUGCAUCCAUGUGGAUUUCCCGGUCGUUCUCUGUGAGGUUUGAGGAAGCCUGGUUCCAUGUUCUGAGACUAGACUCAGACUAGCCACUGUCAACUCGGUCCCUUUGUUUCUCCCUCCACCUAUACUUUACCCUGAAGCCCUCCACCUACCCUCCUCUAAUCCGCCAUGGUCUCCCCGUGAUGAUGUUUGGCCGGGGCGCCCUGACCUGUGAGGACAGAUGUGCUGUUGCUCAACGCGUGUUGAGACUGCAUGACAUGCGGCUCUGUAAGGUGUGGCCCGUGUGCAGUCACGCUACACACAGUAGUGAGUGGUCACUCACGGAGUCCCAUCAGUGAUGUCAGAGAAGAUGGAUGAUGAUGAUGAAGACAUCAUUCUGCUCGCGUUACCCUCAUCCUAUUCAAUAUAUACAAUGCAGGUCCUGUGUGUGUGUAUUAGUGGGUAUGAAAUGUGACAAUGUGUCUCCUUGUCUGCCUGUCUCGCAUUAGUGUGAUGAUCCACUGUACUUUGUAAGGAGAAUGUAAGAGGCCAAUUGACCCAUGGGCUGUUAAGUAGAGUAGUGUCUUUCAGAAUAGGCCGAGGUCCGAUAUCUUUAAACCCCUGGCCUAGAGGGAAUUUGCCAUCUGUACAGAGCAGCGAGUGGAACAGGUAUUAAGGGGUGAGAUUUUCCUUUACCUGCUCAGUCUUCAGAGCAUCCAAAGUAGAGUUGCAAAAUUCCAGCAACUUUCAAUACAUUUCCUGGUUUUCCAGAAAUCCCUGUUGGAAGAUUCCCAGAAUCCAUAAUCCCCCCCAACCAGGACUUCUCGAAAACCAGGGAAUUUAUUGAAAGUUCCUGGAAUUUUUUAACUACUUUGGAUGGGGUAAUAUCAGGCUUAACCCAUUAGGGCAAAAUCCUGAGGUCCGGUAUAGGAACAUUUUAAUGGACAUUUUACGUCUAGUCCUCGGGGGGGCAAGUGGGGUGUCGCAUUUUUCCCCCAUCGUUAGCAAACACUGCUGAUUUAAACAUUCUAAACUGAAGUUCAUAAUUAGUUGAUUAUUGGAGUCUGGUGUGUUAGCUGGGAAUAAGGUGUGACAUGAUCGGAGCUGAUUUUAAUGUGAUGUUUAAUUGACUGGCUGUGGAGGUCAAUCCUAAUCAUGAAUCGUCUGAGUCGGUGCUGAUCUAGGAUCAGUGUUAACCCUUUGAGAUUAUAGUCAAGCCUACGCCGAGCCGCUUUUUAAAUAUGGGUCCAAGCAUUGACUUGAGACUCUGGGAAAGUCCUGUUCCUUCGCUGCUUUGGGCGAUACAUUUAAUUGUUAAUUUAUUAUCUGUUAUACAAUGGCUUUGUUUUAAAAAAAAUAAUAAUCACAACUCAAAA